GCGAGUGUGGACGCGGCUGGCGGACUUUUCCCGGUGUGAGCCGUAGAUGUCAUCAGGUUGCUUCAACUUUGAGCGAAGGUCACACCGCGAGAGGAGAAGUCGCGUGCAUAUUUAACCGUAGUUUUACUGAUGCUGGGACGUUGCUGAGCGCUUAGUUGAUCUCUCAGUGUGCCUCUGGUCCUCUCUCCGGCUGACCAAUGCUUCUGCAUCAGUUCAUGAACGGAUCCCUGGAAGUCAUGCAUCCCACACCGCUUCAGAAAGACACUACUUUUACCAAAAUCUUUGUCGGCGGGCUGCCGUACCACACGAACGAUGCCUCUCUCAGAAAGUACUUCGAGGCCUUUGGGGACAUUGACGAGGCUGUGGUGAUAACAGACAGACAGACCGGUAAAUCCAGAGGAUACGGCUUUGUGACAAUGACAGACCGAGGAGCAGCCGAGAGAGCCUGCAAGGAUCCCAACCCCAUCAUCGACGGCAGGAAGGCCAACGUCAACCUGGCUUAUCUGGGUGCCAAGCCUCGCAGCAUACAGACAGGCAUAUCCAUCGGAGUGCAGCCCAUUCACCCAGCACUCAUCCAGAGGCAGUAUGGGUUGGCCCAGCCAUACGUCUACCCACAAACCUUUGUGCAGCCCAGUCUGGUGCUGCCCACUCAGGUUUCCACCUCUGUCAGCACCAGCCCCUACCUGGACUACACCACAGCCUACACCCAGUACGCCCAGGCUGCCUUUGAGCAGCAGUACCCAUAUGCCGCCUCCCCAGCGGGCUUCCUGGGCUACAGCUACGCCACCAGCCCCACAGCUACCGCCGGCCCAACCGCCCCCACCACAGCCCCAACUGCCGUCCACCCAACACUCCCCUCUGCCGCUGGCCCAGCCCCAGCCUUCCUGCACUACGCCCCGCAGCAGCACAUCCAGCCGGACCGUAUGCAGUGAGCUGGAAAGGAAGCAGGGAGGAGCGGCAGUAGUACAGAUGGAGGAAGAGUAGUGAGUUGUGGUCACUGACCUUUGAACAGAGGAUGGUGAAACACCCUACAGGGUGACCCUGCUGCCAUCAGGAGGGGCUUUCAGGAAAAAGGGUGGGACUAUUGCACUAAAUUAUCAGGAUGAGCCAUCUGCUCAUUGGUUAUGGGUUAAAAGGGUUGGGCAGGGAUUCGAGGACUGUCAAGGUUCAGGUUGGGAAGCUAAACAGCUUAAGGUAUGUGGUCGCUUCCAAGGGCUUCCAGAAGCUGACACUUCAUUUUUUUUAUUGUUAUUAUUAUUAUUAUUAUUAUUAUUAUUAUUAUUAUUAUUUUCAUUGUCAUUGUCAUUUAUUAUUGUAUUAAUGUCUGUCAUUUUUUUGUUUAAAUGCCAUUAUUAUCGAUGUUAUCAUGGUUUGUGGCUCAAUCAGUGGAAGUUAUGUGCGUCCAUGGUACAUAUUGAUGUUUUGAGAGCUGUCUGGGACAUGUAACACCUCUUUCCUCCCUACAACAGAGUAUCUGGGGUGGAGAUGAAGGGCACUGCUGCUUUAGGAUAUGGGGGGGCAGUCAGGAAUCGGGGUGCAGAGUGGUGACCGAGGAGGCAUGCAACCAGCCUCUUGGCGUAUCUGCGGUCCCAUCCUGGUGCUAUCCACAGUGAGGCAGAGCUCUGCCUCACGAACAAACCUCCAGCGUUUAGCGCCACACAGGAGGACGAUGAGAGAUUUCACCCCAAGGAUGAAACGGAAAGUUUCAGUAUAAGACUGUGGAAGCUCCAUUGUUUUGAGAUUGUGAUGUCAGGACUACACAUUUUUUUUAUUCUUUUUAAUUAAAGAGGCCUUAACAAAUAGAGAACCUUAAUGUAUCUCUUGAUUCUCAAAGCUCUCGCCCCUUCACAGAACCAAGUAACUGGCCAGACUGUUUUCAGCAGUCACAUUUAUCUUGCUUACUUGGGUCUUGAUUAUUUCAGAUGGAUGUAGAUAAUCACGUGUUGUAUAUGGGCAAUGGAGACCAAGAGCGCUGGGUAUCAAUGUUAAAAAGGUAGCUGACACUGAGCUCAAACACCAGUGUAUUUUUUUUCUUCUUCUUUUGUCACUGAGAUUGUCACAAACUGUUGCUCUCAAAAGGACAUUCAUGUACAGCAUUUUUAAAUGUUUUCAGUCAUCAAGUUCAUUUACAAUAUUUAUAUUUAGGUAUUUAUAAGAGGUACUAAGUUAAAAUAGCUUUUUUUUUGUUACUAUGAUUAUAGUUAUGACACUGAUGUCAUUUAACCUGCAGAUCCACACAUGAUGUUUUCAUUUUGUCCUAUCACCAUGUCAGUGGAUUUGCCCUGGGUGCACGGAACUACAGUAGACACUCAUUUGUAGAUCCUUGACUGAUUGCAUCAGAAAUUAUCUAGAUUUUUUUCUAAAUAAAAAUGUCUUUUACAGUCCCUUCAAAGAAGCCAUACCAAAAAAAAUUAAAAAAAAUAAAGAAUUUGUACUUAAAGAUGCCUCCUGAGUUU